AAUGAAUUACCUUCGUUCUCAAAGAAUGAUUUAUGCUUCUCGUACCAGGAAGCGAAUGUUUUGCCCUUGUCCAAAUCGAAUUCGAAUUCUUGAAUCACAGAAUUUAAUUUGCAAUAUAGCUCGGCUGACUUUUCUUCUUCUGAAUUUUCUUUUUCCUUUGUUUUGCCGAAUUCCUUCAUGAAAUCUUGCGUUGACUUCAGAAUUUCGCCUAGCAUUUUUACUGCCUCUGUGUCCAUUU